UGGGGACUCGGUCUUUGUCUCUUCGUCUCAGGGAUUCUCUUCGUAUGUUUGUCUCUUGUCUUUCCCCGUGAUUUCUUCUUCUCUCCCUCUUUCUGCCUCUGUCGCUGCAUCUGUGUCUCACUGUCUCUGCCUCUCUCUUUCUCCUCUCUCUGCAUGUCUCUCUCCAGCAUGAUAGCUGGAUUUCACUCAGCAGGAAUGGUCAUGGAACUGUUGAUGUUUGCCUUGAUACUGGUGACCACAGCCUGGGCUGAGGACAAGGACAAGCUUGUGGGAGAGAAGGGCUACAACUGUAGAGUGGGAGAACAUCCCUACCAGGUUGCUCUCUUCUAUUCUGACCACCUGCUGUGUGGUGGAGUUCUCAUACACCCCCAGUGGGUUCUUAGUGCCGCUCACUGUCAAAAACCGACACUACAGGUCCUCUUGGGCAAACACAACAUUCAGCAGUGGGAGCGAAGUCAGCAGCUGAGCACAGUUGUCCAGGCUAUCCCACAUCCAGCUUAUAACAGAGUUCGACAUGAUAAUGACAUCAUGCUGUUGAAGCUCCCUCGGGCCAUGACUCUGUCUCCCCACAUCCAGCCUCUGGCUCUUCCUUGGGAAUCAGACUGCACAGACAAUUCCAACUCAACCUGCAUCAUCUCUGGCUGGGGCAAGACAGAUGCCCAGGGCCAUUACCCAGACGUACUCCAAUGUGCCUCCAUCCACCUGGUGCCUCACAAGACCUGCCAGCAGGCCUAUCCCAACCAGAUUACUGCCAACAUGGUGUGUGCAGGAGACAAGAGUGGAACAGACUCUUGCCAGGGUGAUUCCGGGGGACCCCUAGUGUGUCAGGGACGUCUUCGUGGUCUAGUGUCCUGGGGGGAGGUUCCCUGUGGCUCAGCCCAGAAACCAGGAGUCUACACUGACGUGUGCCGAUACUGUGACUGGAUCCAAAGAACAAUUCAACUCCUGCCCGAGGCGCCUCACCCUCCUGUUCGGAAUGCGACCGGGGGCAGGAGGCAGGGGGCGGUGGGGCGAGCCAGUUAUAAGCUGGGGAGGAGGCGAACCCAGAGCCAGAGGUUGAAGGACCGAAGGCCGGUGGGGAGCCUGGCAGAGCUUGGUGGCCGAGAGCCCGCCUCCCCGUCUCCCCUAAGGCCACCUGCAGGUGCAGUAAUGAUGCCUCCAGUAAAUUCCCCUUGGGCCUGGAUGCUGGCAUUCCUGAUGUCGGUUCUGACCAUGGGAGACCCAGGCCUGACAGGCCAGAAGAAUGGAGCUUGCCUGGGGAACCAGGCCUGCCAGGAGUAUAGGAACCACGAGCAAGCUGGGAGCCGCCAUCAGGUAGAGAGCCGCCAGGAUGGUAAUAAUCAAGAUACUGAGAAUCGCAUCUUAAAUGGCAAAGACUGUGAGCCUCGAACCCAACCCUGGCAGGCAGCUUUGUUUCUGAAGCCAGAGAGCCUCUUUUGUGGGGCAGUGCUGGUCCAUCCCCAGUGGGUGCUCACUGCCGCACAUUGCCAGAAACCAUCACAGUCCUACGUUGUUAUGCUGGGCCGGUAUCGUCUCCAUGGUUAUGAGGCAGACCAGAAGAUUCUCCUUGGUAUCCAGUCUUUCCCUCACCCCAACUAUACCCGGCCAGCUCACUCUAAUGAUCUCAUGCUAAUUAAAUUAAACCGAAAGGUCCUAGACACAAAAGGCAUCAAACCCAUCAACAUCACAACUCAGGCCCCAAUCACUGGGGCCCAGUGCCUCGUUUCAGGCUGGGGGACCACUAGCAGCCCUCACGUCCACUAUCCCCAGGUCCUACAGUGUCUUGACAUCAUGAUCCUGUCUCAGGAGGUCUGCCAGAAGGCCUAUCCUGGGGAGAUCAACUCUAGCAUGUUCUGUGCUGGAGAUGAAGACGGCAAGGACUCUUGCCAGGGUGACUCAGGGGGCCCUGUGGUCUGCAAUGGAAUGCUUCAGGGCCUGGUAUCCUGGGGGGAUGUUCCCUGUGGAAAGCCCCACAGGCCUGGAGUCUACACCAACCUCUACCCAUUCAACAAAUGGAUCAAAGACACCAUCAAAAACAACUGA